UUUAUCUUAUAUUUCUAUUAAUUGCAAAUUAUAAUUAUUUAAUACUGCAAAAUGAAGGUUUUAAUUGUAUUAAGUUCUGUUUUGGUCCUUUUUAUGAAACAAAUAUACUCUGAAAAUCCAGAAGUGAUUGCAGUGAAAAACUUUAAAUCCAUAACAAAUCCCGAAGUCUACGAUAAGGAUAUUCGACCCCAUUUAGGGGAAAAUAAAACAGUAAAUGUUGGAAUUACAUUUCAUGUAAUUGACUACAAAUACUAUGCUAUGACAAAGGAGAUGACAGUCCACAUGUAUUUCCGUCAGCACUGGAAUGACCCCCGUCUACAAAACCAAAUGGAAAAUGCAACCAAAGUGUUGGGCGGAAAGUCAUUGGUGGACAGGCUUUGGAUUCCCGACACAUUUUUCCCAAACUCUAAUUCGGUUGAGAUAUUUAAAUACCCAGCACCUAAUGUAUUGACCAGAAUACUAACCAAUGGAGAUAUUCUUUAUAGUGAAAGACUUAUCGUUACUCUUGAGUGUACGGCUGCUAAAAAUGGUCCAGUCAAUUGUCCAGUGCUAAUAGAGUCAUAUGGCUAUAGUUAUCAAGACAUUGAUUACAAUUGGGCCAAAGGAAACUAUUCACGACUUGUGGCCGACUUUAAGCUGAGACCUUUAAAUAAUUUGUAAAAAUAUGUAUACUACAGAAUAAUCUAGUAUUUUUAAUAAAUUCUUGCCAUUCAAAUAUAAGUAUCAGUUUUUGGUUUCAUAUGUCAGCCGUAUUUACUGUAUUAACUAUUCUCCAGGUAAAUUAUACCUGUUCAGGUAUACGUAGAAACUUUGAAAUGAAAACAAAAAUUUUAUUUUACUAUUUUGUUAUUAUAUGAAAUGUAAUACUGUAUUUACAAUUACUGCAAUUUACGGUUUAACCUUAAAUCAAUGUAAUGUCGGU